AUGGAGGAAAUUUAUGUGAAAUUGAGCGGUGGUGCUGAGUUCGAUAUUUCUAUUCCAUUAUUUUCGUGUUCUGGUUUCGAUGGAAUUUUGGGGGUUUGGUUUGCUGUGGAAAUUUCUCGAUUUUUUGUGGAGGGUGCUUCCACUGGUAAUGGGGGUUGUGGUGGCAAUGACUACAGCAUGGGGUGGUGGCUGGGUGGUAGUCUCUAUGAAUCAAUUGAUGUGGAUGGUGUUGAAGAAGGUGAUGAAAUGGUGACAAUAGAGAUAAUGCACGAAAAUAUUGUGAUAUUCGUAGCUAGGGGUGAGUUUGCACUUAGCAUGGUGAAAAGUGUUUACUCGACCAACUUCAUACAAAAAUUAUCUUUGACUCAGAGGAUUUGUUAUAGUUGGGGCCCAAUUAUCGAGAAUGGAUCUUACAAGGACAAACAGCGUCUCUACCUUUCUGAACAGACUGAUCAGACUGUGCCUAACACAUUAAUUGUAGCAAAUUGUGAUAUUGUGAAGCCUCGAGUCGCUGCAGAAAACCAUAUAGCAAAUUUCAAUGAAGAUGCAAGCUCACCUUUCGUUAAGAAGUACAAAACUAUCAUACAUCCAGGAGAGGUCAACAGAAUCAGGGAACUUCCGCAGAAUAAAAAUAUAGUGGCAACGCACACUGACUGCCCUGAAGUUCUUAUCUGGGACAUUGAAGCCCAACCCAAUCGGCAUGCUGUCCUUGGAGCUGCUGAAUCACACCCAGAUUUGGUAUUAUCUGGACACCAAGAUAAUGCAGAAUUUGCACUUGCAAUGUGCCCAGCUGAACCGUUUGUGCUUUCCGGAGGAAAGGAUAAAUCUGUGGUGUUGUGGAGCAUUCAGGAUCAUGUUUCAACACUGGCCACAGGUGCAGGUCAGUUAACAGGAUCUGCUGGUUCAGUUGUAAAAGCUGCUGAUAAUUCUUCUAUUGGUCCACGAGGGGUUUUUCAAGGGCACGAUGAUACUGUUGAGGAUGUACAAUUUUGCCCGUCCAGUUCGCAGCAGUUUUGUAGCGUUGGAGAUGAUUCUUGUUUGAUACUAUGGGAUGCAAGGAUAGGAUGUGGUCCCGUUGUGAAGGUUGAAAAAGCGCACAGUGCUGAUCUUCAUUGUGUAGAUUGGAAUUCUCACGACGAAAAUUAUAUCCUAACUGGGUCUGCGGAUCAUACAAUUCACAUGUUUGAUCGCCGUAAUUUAAGCUCUGAUGGAGUUGGAUUGCCUGUCCGUAAAUUUGCAGGUCAUACAUCUGCUGUUCUCUGUGUCCAGUGGUCACCAGGUAAAUGCUCGGUCUUUGGGUCCUCAGCAGAAGAUGGUCUGUUGAACAUCUGGGAUUAUGAUAAGGUUGAUAAAAGGAAAGAAAGUGGGUCCAAAUCUCCAAAUGCUCCUCAGGGGUUGUUUUUCCAACAUGCUGGCCACAGAGAUAAGGUGGUUGACUUCCACUGGAAUGCUUCUGACCCAUGGACAGUUGCUAGUGUAUCUGAUGAUGGAGAAUCCUCUGGUGGAGGUGGUACUUUACAGAUAUGGCGUAUGACAGAUUUGUUGUACAGACCUGAGGAGGAGGUUAUAGAGGAGUUGCAAAAGUUUAAAGAUCACGUUCUUGAAUGUUCGAAGACUUGACAGGAUUGGUAGCUUGAAUACUUGCAAAAAAUGCAUGUUGUCUUUGUCUAGAUGUAUGAUCUAUGACUUGCUGAAUCUAAAUGGGCGAUGAUCGACAAGAGACCCUAGCCUGACUUUUUAGAUGUUGAGAUUCUGCCUGAAACUCGAUUUAGUGGUUGCACGCAUUAUGUUGUUACAUAGAUUUAGUUACCCCCUUCGUCUGUCUAGUUAGUAGUCUCUCCAUUCCUUUAGUGUGGCCCCAUAUUAUAUAAUCAUUUUAUUUGGGAUUUCUAUUUUAACUUUCACAUAAUUCCUUACCUCACAGAACAAAAUUUGGCAAGCCCAUGUCCACUGAAUGAAAUCCUUGUAAUGAAGCAGUGUCUGGAGAAAUCCAGGAAAGUGCUUGGGAGGUCAUCAGUCAUAGACAGGCCCCUUUAUUUUGAAUAUGUUUUCUGUUCUAUCAA